AUGUCCUGGAAACUAGGCACUUCCAAAAAGUCGAAGGACUCCAAAGAAAAUGGCGUCGUCUCACGAUCCGUCACACCGAUACCGUCGCGGCCGACGACUCCCAAGCCUCCUGGACGCGGUCUCUCCUUAGCACCUGGCGUGCACGUCCCAGAGGUCAUCCAAAAAGCACUAGACAACCCACCUGCACGAAGGUCGAGCAGCAACCGCGAAAGUAUGCAAAGAAAGCGAUUGUGGUGGCUUCCAUAUGUUGUUCUCGAGUUCGACAACAAUCAAGUUCUGAUAGACGCCAUGGGCGGAGAUCUAGCCAACCCUGUGUGGUCAUACCGGGCAGACUUUGACGUGUCCCGCACAUCGACAAUAUCAGUCUCGUCAUAUCUUCGAACCGCUGCCGCGGUACAUAGCCAAGAAGAUAUGGGUAACGACCUACUCAUGGCCCGUGUAGAUCUUACUCCUGUACUUGACGGACACCAUGCUUCAGAUCAAUGGUACAUUGCCACCGCUGGCAGUGGCUCAUUUCACCUCAAAAUCGACUACAGACCAAUAAGGAAUGAGUCUUUGACUAUUGACGCAUUUGAUCUGUUGAAAGUGAUUGGCAAAGGGAGCUUUGGUAAAGUCAUGCAAGUGCGCAAAAAAGAUACGCAGCGGAUAUAUGCUCUCAAGACGAUUCGAAAAGCCCAUAUCGCGUCACGCCCCGGCGAAAUCACACAUAUAUUGGCUGAGCGGACGGUCCUGGCGCUGGUCAACAAUCCAUUUAUCGUCCCACUCAAAUUUUCUUUCCAAAAUCCUGACAAGUUAUACCUCGUAAUGUCAUUUGUAAAUGGCGGAGAACUCUUCUAUCAUUUACAGAGGGAAGGUAAAUUUGAUCAGGAUCGCAGCCGAUUUUACGCCGCAGAACUUCUAUGUGCACUCGAGCAUCUGCACGGAUUUAACGUAGUUUACCGCGACCUGAAGCCUGAAAAUAUACUGCUCGAUUACACAGGUCAUAUCGCUCUUUGUGAUUUUGGUCUUUGUAAGCUCAACAUGUCAGAGACAGAGAAAACAAACACGUUCUGUGGCACACCAGAGUACAUUGCUCCAGAGCUACUCGAGAGCCAGGGAUACACGAAGACGGUUGACUGGUGGACGCUUGGUGUCUUGCUCUAUGAGAUGAUGACGGGAUUACCCCCUUUCUAUGACGAGAAUGUCAAUGUGAUGUAUCAACGCAUCCUCAGUGACCCACUUCAAUUCCCUUCGGAUAUGCCAUCAGAGGCCAGGAGCGUCAUGAUCGGUCUCCUCCAGCGUGACCCUGCCCGACGCCUGGGGGCAAAUGGUGGUGAAGAGAUCAAGCGCCAUCCUUUCUUCGCCAAAUAUGUUGACUGGAACAGGCUCCUCCACAAAAAGAUUCAACCUCCGUUCAAGCCAAGUGUUGAAUCCGUACUCGAUGUGGCUAACUUUGACCCGGACUUCACUAACGAGGAUCCUCAAGACUCCGUUGUUGAGGACUCUGCUCUUUCGUCUACCGUGCAAGAACAGUUUAGGGGAUUCACGUACAAUCCCGCCAAUGAGCACCUUAGCGAGAGCGUCAACUAUGGACACGCAAUGGGUUAAGCGCCCGCAAUGAUUAUUUAUUAUUUGUAGUGCACUGGCGCGCUCGAAAGAUUUUUUCGUCCCUGUCAUGUAUUUAUACAUUCGCAUACACUCGUCGUUUUUGUUUUCGUCGUCCGUAUGGUUUUGUUGCGCUUUUUCUUUCAAAUCAGUGGAGUCAACGGCAUGUCAAUUUCCUGUAUAAUACAGGCUUUUCUGUUUGGUGCUUAUCUAGUCAUAAAAAGUUUAUGAUAGUACACCACAAUAAACUUUUAGCACGAGUAAACUGUUGGACCUAGCCAUACAUGUUGACAGUGCGA